AUGUCGAAUUUGACAAAACUCGAGAUUACUGCCCUUGAUAUUUCUGGAAGAAAUUAUAUGAGAUGGGCAGUAGCUGCAAGGAUGCAUUUAAAAGGAAAUGAGCUCCUUGAUACCAUCGAUAAAACAAAAACAGUUCCUGAAGAGAAAAAGGCGAAAGCCAUGAUCUUUUUAUUCCACCAUAUCCAUGAUGGUUUAAAAGAUGAAUAUAUCACGAAAGAAGAUCCUGCAGAUCUUUGGCAAUCACUCCAAGAUAGGUUUGAUCACCAGAAAUAUGUGAUCUUACCAAAGGCUAGACAUGAGUGGUUGAACCUCCGGUUCCAAGACUAUAAGAGCGUUAGUGAGUAUAACUCCGCUCUAUUUGGAAUCACUUCCAGGAUAAUGUUGUGUGGAGAAAAUAUAAGUGAUCAUGAUAUGAUUGAGAAAACUCUCUCAACAUUUCAUCCUGGAAACGUAGUCCUGCAGCAACAGUACCGGGCAAACGGAUACAAAGUAUUCGGAGUUAAUGCAACUUCAUUCCCAGAAGUGAAUGUUGCAUCGUCAAGCCAUGAAAAUUGGCAAAGUGGACGUGGACGCGGUCGCGGAAAUGAUCGUGGUCGUGGACGAGGUUUUGGACGUGGUCGAGGUCGUGGACGAGGAAGAAGAUUCCGUCCUGCUGAUUUAAACGAUGGAAGAAAUAACAAAAAGUUCAAGGGUAAUGAAGUUGGUCGCAAGCAACAUGAGAGUGCUUGCUACAGAUGCGGCAUGAAAGGACAUUGGGUUCGUACUUGUCGUACGCCAAAACAUUUAGCCGAUCUGUACCAAGAAUCGCAAAAGGCGAAAGGAAAAGAAAGUGAAACCAACUUCAUCCAUGGUGAAUCCAGUUUUUCGUUUGAUGGUAUAAACGAUGAUACAAAUCUCGAUAUAUCUGAUUUCAUCGUUGAUCCCGAAGAUAUUAACGAAAAAUAA